CAUAGGGCAGACUCCCCCCCACCACCGCCAAAAUAAAUCACUUCUCCUCAGUUCAGGCUUUCUGCCUUCUGGGUUGCUGUGUUUUUGCUUAUUGGAGGCCGGCCCACCUGGCAACUGUGGCAUCAAAACUCGAUCUUGCCGAGGUUUUGGGCGGGUGAAAAGAUUGGGGUUUUCUUGGUUUUGGGAAUCCGACUAGGUUCAUCUCUCUGUGUGAAAUUGUUGAGGUUUAUUGGAGUGAAGAUUGGUAGCUAGAUAAUCCCAAAUACGAGGUUUCUUGCUCUGAUUUGGGUAUUCUCGCUCUGAUUCGGUUCUUGGUUCUUGGCUAUUGGACCAAAGCUUCCAUUCUGGUUCUUGCCGAAAUCAAAGGGGAAGAGUUCGAUCUUGGCUGCAAGUUUGCUGUGAAGAUUUUAAGUGGCAUUCCGAUUUGGAUUAUCCUUGCUCGUGUUCUUGAUUGUUCUUCAAAGAUUUGCUGGUUGCGUAGACCAAGGCGACGGUCGGUCUUGGUCGUAGAUACGUGGAUUUGAGGUGGAAAUGUAGUGAGAGGGUCAAAUAGUUAUCCCUGAUCCUGGUUUUGGUAGCUUAAUUUCUGGUGCUCGAUUAGGGAAGUUACGAGCUUCCAUUUUUGGUUGAUGCAAAGGGGAAAUCACAUUCGUCCCUUGAGGAGCUCCCAAGUGUGAAGUUUUGAGGUGGGACUGUGACCUGAAGGUUGAAGGAGAUGCUAAUGGCGUCGAUGUCGGAUAGCGAGACGACGAACCGGGGGAGCAUGUGGGAGCUGCAUCAGAACCUUGAUCAGCCCAUGGAUGAGGAGGCCAGUCAACUGAAGAACAUGUACAGAGAAAAGAAAUUUUCGUCAGUUUUGUUACUGCGGCUUGCAUUUCAGAGCCUCGGUGUAGUCUUUGGUGACCUAGGUACAUCACCAUUGUAUGUCUUCUACAAUAUCUUUCCGCGUGGGGUUGACGAUGAUGAGGAUGUUAUUGGAGCUCUAUCCUUGAUCAUUUACACACUCACUCUCAUUCCUCUGAUGAAGUAUGUUUUUGUUGUCUUGCGAGCUAAUGAUAAUGGUCAAGGUGGCACAUUUGCUCUUUAUUCUCUACUUUGCCGGCACGCAAAGGUCAGCACUAUACCCAACCAACAUAAGACAGAUGAAGAACUAACAACAUAUAGUCGGCAGACUUAUGAGGAGAAUUCACUUGCAGCGAAAGUGAAGAGAUGGCUAGAGGGACAUGCAUAUAAAAAGAACUGUCUUCUUAUUCUCGUUCUCAUUGGUACAUGUACUGCCAUUGGAGAUGGGAUCCUUACUCCUGCUAUAUCAGUUCUUUCUGCAUCAGGUGGAAUAAGAGUUCAGAAUCAGAAGAUGAGCACAGAUGUGGUUGUAAUCAUCGCAGUGGUCAUAUUAAUUGGCGUAUUCUGCAUGCAACACUAUGGGACAGAUAAAGUUGGAUGGCUCUUUGCACCUAUAGUGCUCCUCUGGUUUAUUUUAAUUGGGAGCGUUGGGGCAGUGAACAUACACAAGUACAAUAGUUCUGUUCUAAAAGCAUAUAAUCCAGUCUAUAUAUUCCGGUAUUUCAGACGAGGGAAGGCUGAGAUUUGGACAUCUCUUGGAGGGAUCAUGCUUAGCAUCACAGGGACUGAAGCAUUGUAUGCUGAUCUAUGUCACUUCCCUGUAUUGGCUAUUCAGAUUGCAUUCACCUUAGUGGUGUUCCCUUGCCUUCUACUGGCGUACACUGGGCAGGCUGCUUACAUUAUCUGCAACAAGGACCAUGUAGUUGACGCCUUCUAUCGCUCCAUUCCAGAUGCCAUAUACUGGCCAGCCUUCAUCAUAGCGACUCUUGCGGCAAUAGUUGCAAGUCAAGCCACUAUAUCCGCCACCUACUCAAUAAUAAAGCAGGCUCUUUCACUGGGAUGUUUCCCCCGCGUCAAUGUUGUCCAUACCUCAAAGAAAUUUCUGGGGCAGAUUUACAUCCCUGACAUCAAUUGGGUACUUAUGAUUCUUUGCAUUGCUGUAACUGCUGGAUUCAAGAACCAAAGCCAGAUUGGAAAUGCAUAUGGCACUGCAGUGGUGAUUGUUAUGCUAGUAACAACAUUCCUCAUGGUCCCAGUAAUGCUGUUGGUAUGGAAGAGCCACUGGAUCCUUGUUGUCAUCUUCAUCAUGCUCUCAUUGACUGUUGAGCUCCCAUACUUCUCAGCCUGCAUUAAUAAGGUGGAUGAAGGUGGUUGGGUCCCACUUGUCAUUGCGAUAACCUUCUUCAUCAUCAUGUAUGUGUGGCAUUUCUGUACCGUGAAGCGUUAUGAAUUUGAGAUGCACAGCAAGGUCUCUGUGGCCUGGAUUCUGGGACUAGGGCCGAGCCUUGGCCUUGUCAGGGUCCCUGGGAUAGGCUUUGUGUACACCGAGCUGGCAAGUGGCGUCCCUCACAUCUUCUCCCAUUUCAUCACUAACCUCCCUGCCAUCCACUCGGUUGUCAUCUUUGUGUGUGUCAAGUACCUCCCAGUAUAUACAGUCCCAAUAGAAGAACGGUUCAUCAUGAAGAGGAUUGGACCAAAGAACUACCACAUGUUUCGCUGUGUCGCUAGGUAUGGAUACAAGGACAUCCACAAGAAAGAUGACGACUUUGAGAAGAUGCUCCUUGACAGGCUCUUGAUCUUCGUCAAACUGGAGAGCAUGAUGGAUGGCUAUUCUGACUCUGAGGAUUUCACCAUGACAGAGCCGAGAUCUACCAGAGCACUGCUGCUGAGUGAGAAGGCUGGGAGCAACACGAUGUGCUCCACUGGUGACCUGAGCUACUCAUCACAGGACUCCAUUGUGCCGGCCAAGUCACCUCUCACGGGGAACAGCCUGACAAGGUACUCGAGCCAGAUGUUCGGCAACGAACUGGAGUUCCUGAACCGGUGCAAGGAUGCCGGCAUCGUGCACAUCCUUGGGAACACGGUUGUGCAGGCGCGCAGGGAUGCAGGGGUCAUCAAGAAGAUUGCUGUGGAUUAUGUGUAUGCCUUCCUUAGGAAGCUCUGCAGGGAGAACAGUGUGAUAUUCAAUGUUCCCCAUGAAAGCCUUCUGAAUGUAGGCCAGAUAUAUUAUAUAUGAACAAUUUUUUGUUUGUUUUUGUGUUAUGGUUCGAAGUGAGCCGUACGACCUACUGUGCCGUGUAGGUCAAAUGAACAUUGUACAUGAUCAAUCCUAGAGUUAAGUGUCAUUAGUCAGUUUUCCGCGCCUUAUCAGAAAUUAUUGAUAUUGCCGGUGGUACAUUCUUCAUGAGCUUUGCAAUCCAAACGCCAUUUGUUCUGAGUACGGCAAAAGGUUUUUGCCUGACA